AUGGAUGAUACUUGGAUCAUGCUCUGUUGUAAUCAUUCGAUUGCUUCACGAUUUCUGUCUCAGAUUUCCACAGUCGUGAAGCAAUCGAAUGAUUACAACUCUAGUCGAUGGGUGGUCGGUAGCGAGGCGGAUCUUCAAAUCGAUCAGAGUUUCAACUCUAUUCAGUCGGAUCUUUCCAUUUUCUCUUAUACUUUUCCUCGCAUUUCCUUCUCAAAAGUAGGAAGAAAUUUAUCAAAUGAUUACGAGCUAAUCAAUGCUGGAAUCAACAAAGCGGCAUCAAGUGGAACCUCCUUGAACACAAAGAAGCUUGAUGAUGACAGUGACACUGAGAAUUUAACUCAGGAGUAUUCACACGGCCUGGAGAAAAUUCUGGAGGCUUUGGAAAUGGAAGUGGAAAACCUCAAUGCAAUGAUAAUUGAGUUGUUGAAAAGGGUGUCGAAAGAAAAUGACAGAGGUGUACAAACGCAACCUGAAGUCAAAGAAUGGGUUUCGAGUGCCGAAAAGAUUGCAUCGGAGGCCAGUACUCUCCUUGAUGAUAGCAUCUCAGAACGUCAUAAAUUGUCCAAGUGUGAUGAUUUUUCCCAGAUAUCUCCAUCGACGCACAUAUAUAAUGGAAAUGUGUGCAUGAAGUUGGAAGAAGUUGAAGCUCUGAGAUCUAAUGGAGUUUUUAAAGUGUUGGUUGAGAGAGCUCCCUUGUCUCACGUGAAAAACAUGCCCCCACUUCAAAAAAUCGUUUCUAGAGAAAUGUUGCUUGAAAAGGUAUGGAAAUGCCUUGCGGAAAAUGAAUGUCGGACUUUGGGUCUUUUUGGUGUGGCUGGAGUCGGAAAAACCUCCCUACUUACUCGGAUUAAAAAUAAGUUCGAAGAAAUUGGGGAUCUAUCUGGUCUUGUGAUCUUAUCCGUUGCUGUGGCGUCUGACGAGGUCGAGAGUAUACAAGAGGAAAUCUGCAAAAUAUUAGGCCUAGGAUGGGAAAGAUUAACUAAAGAGCGUAAGGCAGAAAAAAUAUCGAGUGUCUUAGAGAGUAGGGGCUUUGUGUUGUUAUUGGAUGGCAUACACAGGGGAGUUGAUCUUGAGGAGAUCGGAAUUCCAUAUCCCAGCAGAAGAACAGGAUCCGUAAUUGUAUUCACCGCUAGUUCUCUGGAAGCAUGUGGAAUGCAUUGGGUUGAUGAUGUAGUAGAGAUUACAUGUUUGAGCCCAGAAGAAGCAUGGGAUUUGUUUCAGAAGACAGUAGGAGAAGCCACGUUAAAAAGUCAUCCAGACAUACCCCACCUUGCAAGAAUUGUUGCUAGAAGAUGUGGUGGUUUACCCAUUGCUCUCAAUCUCAUUGGCAAGUCCAUGUCACGCAAAAGGACUGCGCGGGAAUGGCAUCGUGAAGUGCAUGUUUUGGUUUCAUCCACCGCGGAAUUUUCAGGCAGAGAAAUUCCCAUUUUGAAGCUUGCCUACGAUAAUUUGCCUGCUGAGAAUAUCAAGGCUUGCUUCCUGUAUUGUGCUCUGUUACCCCAAAAAGUAUAUAUAAGCAAACAAGAUUUGGUAGACUGUUGGAUAGGCGAGGGAAUGAUUAAAGAUGAAGAUAGAAAGAUAGCCGAGAUCAAGGGUUAUAAUAUGAUCUGUGAUUUGGUUAUAAUGGGUUUCUUGAUAGAGAAUGAAUCUGGAUAUGGUGUAAAGAUGCAUGACAUGGUUCUUGAAAUGGCCCUGUGGAUAGCAUCACAAGCAGCUGAUUUCAGGAGGCGCGAAGAAAACAUUAUGGAGCUAUACCGUACAUUUUAUCAUCAGCAGCAAAUGGAGAGACAAUUGAACAUUACCAGGAUGAGACGAUGGAGACAGUUAAGACGAUUGGACUUUUUAAGAAUGAUGCCCGUGGCGGUAACAUCUCCGUCUCGUUCCAGACUUGUUGAGUGUGUGGUUCAAUAA